CUCUCCCAAUCCCUUCAAACCUAAAAAGCCUUUCCUCCCCUUUCCUUUUCCCCUAAUUUUUUUCUCCAAGAAAUCCUUCAAAAAAAAAGGGGACAAAAAAUGGAGCUGGCUUUAAGCUUAGGAGACCCAUCAAAACUCCAAAAAUUACUACCAAAAAGCUCUGAAAAUCAUCUGCAGAAAAAAACCAGUCUCGAAAAUGGAGGUCCCAAUUUCUGCAUGGCUUUGGGCCUCAAAACCUACUCAGCUGAGAAUGAAGAGACUGAAAAAAUCCAGAAAAAAUCCCAAGAUAGCGAAGAUGAUGAAAACGCCGACGGCCCGAAUUUUUCGGAAAAAGAAAAUACGGACAUCAUUGUUGCAAACAAUAGUUACUACCAAAAAGUCCCUUUGCAGCUUAGUCUCCUCCCCGGAGCUCCUGUCCCUCGCCGGAUUUCGCUGACGUGGUCUUCCGACAACGGGAGCUCGGAAAACGGUUCCUCGGAGAACGCCGGGCGGCCGCCGGUGGCGGUCCGGGCGGCGGAAGAGGCAUCGUCGGCAAACAGCGAGGGGUCCGCUUUCCGGUUGGUCGGUGGGAAUAAUAAGAGAAGUUUCGAGGCGGCUGACGAGGACGAGGAAGGUGGGCCCCACGGGAGGAAGAAGCUGAGACUGUCCAAACAGCAAUCGGCUUUUCUUGAGCAGACGUUCAAAGACCACAACACUCUUAAUCCUAAACAAAAGAUGGCCCUUGCGAAACAGCUUAACCUCAGACCAAGACAAGUUGAAGUCUGGUUUCAAAACAGGCGAGCCAGGACAAAGCUUAAGCAAACGGAGGUCGAUUGCGAGUACCUAAAGAGAUGUUGUGAGGCGCUUGGUGACGAAAAUCGACGUCUCCAAAAGGAGCUCCAAGAAUUGAGGGCCCUCAAGAUAUCGGCCCCAUUUUACAUGCAAUCGCCAGCCACCACACUCACUAUGUGCCCCUCUUGCAAACGCGUCUCGUCUUCCGCCACAAAAACGGACGACCCGUUUUCUGCGACCCGGCCCAAAUUCUUCCCUUUGUCUAGGAACUUGGCCCGAAUUAAUUCACACAACCAGCCGGCUGGAUCGUGAACCGGUUAUUGUAUUUGUUAAUGUUUUUUCUUUUCUUUUAUUUUAGUUUAGUGUAUUUGUGUUGUUUGUGUGGUCCUAGCAAAAUUUAGGGUGUAAAUAUUGGGGGGAAUACUUUUGUUGUUCUUUGGGGGGUUCUUUUUAUUGAAUGUGACAUAUAAUGUUUGGAUUUUGAGACUUUUGAGAGAGUUUAGUUGAUUUGAUCUUGAUGUUAUAUAUCAUGGAGCAGUAAUUGAAAUAUCUUGAUGACUAUGGAUUGAGAAAUCGAUUGUUGUAUAUUAGCAAAUAUGACACAAAGUUUUU